CGGGACCAAAGGCCGCAGGGAUGCGCCAAUGGUAUAAAAGCCUCGUGACUUUCCCUGUUCAAGCAUCACUUGUUUCCCGAACGAACAAAAAUGAACUCACUAGCUGUCAUCUGCGGUCUUGCUCUCUUCGCUGUCGUCUUGGCCACUCCGUUUGGAGAACGCGUGCGACGACAAGCGACGAUCGAGGAAACACUGGGAUUACCUAGCAACGCCACCGCCAUCCGCAACAACAUUGUCGAUACUUUUUCAUGCGACGACAAAAUCUACGGCUACUACGCUGAUAUCGACAACGAGUGCCAACUCUUCCACGUUUGCUACCCCGUCGAAUUGGCUGAUGGCUCCAAACGGACUUUCAAGUGGAGUUUCAUCUGCCCCGAGGAAACCAUUUUCAACCAGGAGAGUAUGACUUGCACUUUCCCCACUGAUGCCAUUCCGUGCUCAGAGGCCGCGUCUUUCUACAACCUUAACCAGAAUUUUGGUGUCAUUCCUUCCACCACCGCCAAGGCUUGAACAAUCUCGACAAAAAGAAAAAUGAUCAAAGAUUAACAACAUCCUUGACUCCAUCAGCAAGCCUGUAAAUAAAGGGGGCAACUCAUCUCUUUAGUGUUUCACACUGCAACAGCUAUAAUUUACCAGUUUCCGACAUUUCUCUAUUGGGAUUACAGGACGUUUGGUCUUUUUUUUUGUUUUUUCUCCCUUUUUUUCGGACCCACAACAAUUGUAACAUCUUUCAGGUGCUAGAUUAUAUAUUUGUUCGUAGGUUUUUUUCCUUGUAUUAUACGGCUGCUGUAUGUGCGCAAGUAAUUCCUACCAACUGAUCAAUAAAAUAAAAUAAAAGUA